AUGCGCCGGACACUUGUUGCACUUGCAGCUACCCUCGAGCUCGCCUUGGCCGUCGAUCCACUCGUCAACUUGGGAUAUACUCAAUACAAGGGUAUCGCGCUCUCGAAUGGCGUCAGUCAAUGGCUCGGGAUGCGCUUCGCCGCACCACCCACAGGCGACUUGCGGUUCGGCGCACCCGCCGACCCACCGUCGAAUGACACAGUUCAGAUAGCCAACACGCAUGGGCCAUUGUGCUUCACCACCGGCGCAGGCUAUCCUCAGUCAGGCCACUCCGAAGACUGCCUCUUCCUGGACAUCUACGCCCCUUCAAAUGCGACGACAAACUCCAAACUACCCGUGAUGUUCUUCAUCCAGGGCGGUGGCCUCAACGAACUCGCGAAUGCAAAUUAUAAUGGGUCGCAGCUCAUUGAGGCCGCCGACUUCGAUAUGAUCGUCGUAACUCACAACUACCGCGUCGGUACAUUCGGGUUCUUGGCGAGUGCGGAAAUUCAGGCCAAUGGUAGCAUCAACAACGGGAUCCUAGAUCAGAGGAAGGCGAUGCAGUGGGUGCAAGACAACAUCGAACAAUUUGGUGGUGAUCCUGAACAUGUUGUCCUCAGUGGCGACAGCGCCGGCGCCCAAUCUAUCACCAUCCAUUUGACUGCGUACGGAGGUGUACACACAGACCUCUUCCAUGGUGUCAUAGCCGAGUCCCAGUCCUUCCCACCCAUCUUCAACGUAUCAGGUAAUCAGUAUAUGUACGACGCGCUCGUCGAGAGGACUGGCUGCAACAAUGAUUCGGACACAUUGGCUUGUCUCCGAGCACUGGAUAUCGCUACUCUCCAGAAUGCGAGUAUCGCGAUUCCAUAUCCCGGGAGGAAACAUGGUCCAAACUACCUGUGUGGCGCUGUCGUGGACGGCGACCUGAUUCCGGACAUUCCAUACAGCCUUUUCGCACAGGGCAGAUUUGUCGAUGUGCCGUCCGUAUUCGGCGACGAUACAAAUGAAGGAACAAUCUUCACUCCACACGACCUCAACACGACGGAAGAGAUGAACAACUUCCUGCUGGACAAUUUCCCAUUGCUCACCGGGGAUGAUCUGUCCACUAUCGAUAUCAACUACCCAGUCGCUGACCAGUUCCCUCAACACGGAAAGUGCUAUUUUAACGCGGCUUCUGCUUACGGGGAGAUCCGCUACAUCUGCCCAGGCAUCUUCGUGAGUGACUCGCUCCUCCAGUACAACACGCACCCCGUCUGGAACUAUCACUACAACGUGACAGACCCGGCUGAGCUCAAAAAAGGUCUCGGUGUCCCUCACACGAUCGAGCUUAGCGCCAUUUGGGGGCUGAACAGCACCACCGGCAAACCACCUGCUAGCUACUUCACAACAAACGCCAAUAUCAUCCCCGUCAUGCAGGGCUACUGGACGAGCUUCGUCCGCACGCUGGAUCCCAACACCUUGAGAGCGAGUGGGACGCCGGAGUGGACAAAGUACGACAACGUGCACCGGAUUCUGUUUGAGACCAACCAUACGCGGAUGGAAAGCAUUCCGGAUGCUCAACGCCAGAGGUGUGAUUUCUUGGCGAGUAUUGCUCCCGGUCAGCAACAGUACACACUACUUGGCACACCCGAUCAAUAUCCGCUUCCCUCUCGCACAUUUCCCGCGUACAAAUACUGAAAAUUGUUAAUUAUAUUACUUUACCAUAUGAAGUUUC